UAGUCUUAAUGGACCACGAUAUGUCGAUGUGAGUAGAAGCUCUUCAGUGAUGGAGGGAAAUAAAAGACACGCAAACAGAGGAUGCUCUAGCAGUUACCAUUGAAAAAAUGGAAGAACUGCUAGAGUGUAAAGAUCAUGGGUGCCACGACCAAAGGUGGUCGCUGAUUUCACCAAACCACAGAGAACCAGUUUGCAUUGCCUGUCUCCUUCAACUCCUUCAACAACCUCAGUUACUGCUCCUGAAAAAGAAGAUUGUUUUAUCAGAGUUCCUGGGACUUCUCUGUCAACAGUCUCCAGACAUCUUGUGUUUAGUACAGGGAGAUCUUCCAGUACAGUCUCAUAUCAUCUUUAUACUGCUUGAUUUGACACAUGCAGAGGACCAAACCUUUGUGUCAAUGGCCAUGGAAGCUUGCCUUAAACUGGUUUUCCAGCUGAAGUCCGAAAACUUGUUGCAGUGUAUAAUGGAUAGGAUUAGCAAAGAGUAUUUUCAGUGUUGCCAGAAGAACAAGCUAGAGCAGUGUUUGUCUGUCCUAGUCCUCUUGGGAAGGCUGCUGAAUGACAUCCCAGGGCUGGCUGAAGUGCUGGUUCAUCAGUACAAUGGCUUACUGCGGGAAUUGGGCAACGGGUUGUUGUAUCCAGAAGAAGCUGUUGUCUCAGCUCUUGUAUACAUCAUGAUAUUUGUGUUCAGGGAAGAUCUUCAGCCUCAGCUACCCAUCAAGUUAUGUCACCAGGUCCACCACUGCGUCAUCAUUCACCUGGCCAGGACUGAGACCCAGGAGCUGCAGAUUAAUCUGUUAGGUUUAUUACAGCGCAACUUACUGAAUGAAACCUUCAGGACAGCCUUGCUGGAACUGUCACUAGAGGGCAGCACCUUACUGACCUGCUUGAAGAAGCUACUGAUGAGCAGUAAUGAUGUGCUGCAGAUGUCAGCAGUCCAGAGCUGCAGUUUAAUCCUGGUUAAAGGCAGUCACAAGCAGCAUGGCAAGCUUGUUCUGGAGGCUGAUAUUGCAGAAAUACUUUUUGAACAAUUAAACAGAAAUGACGAAAAGCAAGUUGAGAGUGUGUUCAAAUGCUUGGCCAUGUUAGCAGACAUAGAGGAUUUCUUCACCAGAUGCCACUCAGUGUACGGAAUAGGUUCUGUGUUAAGGGCCAUUAAUUGCAUGAGCACGCAAAAGAACCCAGCACCUCUGAGAGAAGGGCUGCAACUCCUGACAAUCAUUCUGGAACGACAGCCCACAUCAAUCCCUCUCUUCAGCAGCCAGGCGGAUGUCAAAUCCUGCCUGGUCACCCUAGCAACAGAGUUGGAGAAAUCGGCAGGCCAGGUGGCACAGCUCUCUCUUCAGGUUUUCAAAGCCUUCCUCAGGAUCAGUCACCUAGGAUCCCCUGUCCCAUUUGGUGAAAUCGGUAAAACAUUGGAAUUGGCAGGAAAGAGAACUGCAGAGAUUAUCCGACAUGGACAUGGGUGUACUGAGCUCAGGCGAGGGUCCUCCAGACUGACAGCAGCAGACAGGGUGAAGGAUGACUCUGUCCCUGCCAUCAACACUCUGCUCCUCUGUCUGAGCCAGGCUGUCAAGGUGGUAGAGGAGUGUGUUAGCCAGCCCUCUGCCCGUGAAGAGACCUACUGCCCCCCACACCUCACCCCUCCCUCCACAGCCCUCUCCUCCUUUGUUCUGCACAUCCUCAGGUGUUGUGAUGAGUUCUGUAUACCUUCUGUCAUGGUAAAAUGGGAGACAAUGUCAAGAUCAGAUGACAUUUUGGUUUAUUUCUCCCUUUUACAUCACCUCCAUUGUGUCUGUCCAGAGAAAAUGCUCCCUCUCAAGUACAAACUGGUCUCAGCUGGAUUCUUCUCUUCUACCUUUGAUGUGAAGACUUAUUUUAGGUCUUCUGAGAGGCAUCAGGGUAUCUUUGAUGAAGUCUUGGUGGAUUUCUUGACUAGUUUAUCCCUGGAUAUGACAAAAGCACCUGUAGCCACCAAGCUCCUCUCUAAUUCUGUGAGGGAUGGACUGAAGCACCUACAAUGCAAAUUAUCAGAUGUUUCCAGUCACUUGUUAGAUGGUAGUUCCACUAUCAGUGUCCAUUAUGUAUGCCUGAAGAUUGCUUUUCUCUGCCUGUUGAAUGAUGAUAUCUGCCUUUCUGCAGAAGAUAUCCAGUCUAGCAUUGUAUCAUCCCUGUAUCAUUUCCCGGAAAUGUCAGAGUGGCCUCCCUUGACUGCAAAGUACUUAACAUUCCUAGCAGCUUGGUGUUACAAUGCAAGAGAGUUUGACUUAAGUCAGCACUGCAAACCAGGUUUUCAGAGUUGCCUGCAGUGGUUAUCCUGUAACCCAUUAUCCAGCUGGUAUACUGACCAUCCCUUACAGUUCGCUUGGGUGUAUUCUAAUCCUGAGUUGUCUGAGGUCAUGGGGCCAGCAGUGCUUGAACAGUGGCUGACCAAUCUCCCAUCAAGCCCCUCACAGCAUAGUGACAAGGCAGCUGAUAGACAGACAACCAUUACAAUAUCACCUACCCCUGACAGCAAAUCAAAUCAAGCCUUGCUUAUUUUCAGCAAAAUGAUGAACAACACACUGUUUAGGAACUCUGUAAAAAUGUUGUUGUUGAAAUGCAGCAGUCAGGAGACCCUGGAGAAGUUGGCUCACCUCAUAACAGCUGUCAUCUAUGGGGUGGGCAGGGAGAGCACGGACAUUCAGCACUGGGCAUCAAACUGUCUUCCCCAGUCACUGCAGUCCAUCUUUCUGAACAAGGAACAUGUGAAUGAUAGUUGUGUUAUCGCACUUCUCCACAUUUUACUCAGCAUCAAAGAUACUAUUCAAACCAAAGACUGCAAAGACAUGAAGAUUAUCUUCCAUUUGAUCAAUCUGGUGACAAAGGCAUUGCCUAUCUCCAGUCAAGUAAGAGAGAUGUGUCUACAGUACAUAUCCAGUUCUCUGCUGGGAAAUACUGAUCAACCAGAAAAGACGGUUUCCAGCAUGCUUCUUCAGAGAGGUGAUUUUCUGAAGGAGAUUGAGGUAUGCCUAGAGGGACCAGAAAACUCAGCACUUACAGAUAUUUCAUUGCAGAUUACAGCCAACCUGGUGCUUGCUUGUAGCAAAACUGUGGUGCCUGCACAGGGCAUCAAAGUGAACCUGAGAAAGGUGAUCAGAAGGCUGCAGACUGACAGGUCAGCAAGCAGACUAGAGGCUAUAAGGCUCCUGGCUGCCUACCUCUCUCGUUCCUGUCAAAGUAAGCUGCUCAUCCUACAUCCUAGCACCGCCACUGACCUCCCACACGACCAACCUCUCACCUUCAGACAGCUGAGGGUGAUCUGGAUCUACUGUCAGCAGUCCAUCCUACAGGACUGUGGUGGGCUCCGAGAUGUAGCCGUCAGCUGUAUGUUGUACACAGUCCGAUACCUUCUUGAAGUUGACAAGGCAAAAGCUUUGAAGAUCCUAAGUCAACCUUGGAACAAACUGUUGGUGAAUUCAUUGAUGAACGAGUUUGAUGGGAUACAUGUUGAUCAGAGAACAGUGCAGUUGCUGAGCUUGUUUCUUCAGCAUCCCCCUGGCCAGGAAAUUGUCAGUGAACAUCAUCUAAACAGACUUCAUGACCAUCUCAAAACUGACUCUGCCAAGAGCAAGAACUUCCAACAUCUCAAGUCCUUAAUUACUAAGGUUAUAGCCAAGAAGUAAUCCAACACAAAGCCUGUCAUAGAAAGACGAUGUCACCAUCACUUUACUUACAGGAAUAAUGUCUCAUUCCUUGACAUUAUCUGUAAAUUAAGUAUAUUUACAAUAGAACUUUUAAUGUUCAACAUCACUUUCUC